AUGACGGUCGAAGGUGGACUCAUCACCAGUACCAAGCAAGCCUUCAGCUUGCUCAACUUCUCCACCUGCUUUCUCCUUGCACUCGGCUCCUUCGUGUAUGGCUACUUUGCUGGCAUCAUUGGCACGACCCUCACCAAGGCCUCGUUCCUGUCGUACAUGGGCCUCAUCGACGCAGACGGCAACCAAACGAAGAACGCCCCAGGCCUGAUCGGAGCGAUGACCGGUGUGUUCCAGGCUGGCGGUAUCUUUGGCAUCAUCAUUGCUGGCCACCUCGCCGACAAAAUCGGCCGCAAACGCACGUCCAUCUCCAUUGGCAUCCUCGGCAUCAUCAGCUCGGCCAUUAUCUCCGCCUCACAGAAUGUGGGCAUGUUCAUCGCCCUUCGCUUCUUUACCGGUGCUACCGGUUUCGCCUUCCUGACUGUCAUGACUGUCUACUGCGCUGAGCUUGCCCCUGCGGCUCUUCGCGGGAUCUACGUCGGGUUGAACGGCGCAUUGUGCGCAUUGGGCUUCGCCGUCUCAUCUUACUUUGGCGUGGCAUUCUACAACGUCUCCAACGAGGUUCAAUGGCGUGUCCCGAUCGCCCUCGGCAUCGUCUUCCCUCUGGUGCUCACCGUCGGCUACCUCUUUGUGCCUGAGUCGCCGCGACACCUCCUGAUGGAAGGCCGGAAAGAUGAGUCCCUGAAAAUCAUGUUGAGACAGCACGGCCAUGGAGAUCGGGAGGACUUUGCGCGCGCCGAGUUCUUCCAGAUGGAGAAGCAGGCCGAGCUCGACAUGCAAAGCGAUGCGUCGUGGAAGCAGUUCUAUGCCAGUCCCUCUGUCCGCCGCCGGGUGGCCAUUGCAGUGGGACUCGCGUUUCUGUCCCAGAGCACAGGCAACUUGGUCAUCAACAAUUAUGGCUCAACCCUCUGGAGCAGUCUCGGGUACGACGCGUACACUCAGCUGUGUUUCCAGGCUGGCUACAUCACUGUGUCACCCAUUUUCAACGUGAUUGGAUCCGCCUUUGCGGACUACAUGGGACGGCGCACGUUGCUCCUCUUCGGCCUGAGCAUGUGCUUGACGUGCGUCAGUAUCGAGACGGCCAUGAUUGCGCUGUACGGUGCGGAAGGCACCAACCGAGCAGGCCUGGCCACGGGUGCGGCAAUGCUGUUCCUGUUCCAGGCCAGCUACGCGCUCUGCGGAGACGUGUGCGUGUUCAUCAUCGUCAGCGAGAUCUUCCCCAACCAUCUCCGCUCCAAGGGGAGCAUCGUCGCCUACACGGCCAACGCCUUGACCAACCUGGUGUAUCUCCAGGUGGCGCCGACAGCGUUUACCCACAUCCACUGGCGGUUUUUCCUGCUCUUCAUUUCAGUCACCGCUUGCGGCCUCGUGUGGGUCUUCUUCUUCGUACCUGAAACCAAGGGCAUCGCGUUGGAGGAGUUGGCCGAGAUCUUUGGCGACAAAAUCGCCGUGCACGCCGCAGACAUCACCGUCGACCACGACGCGCACGAAGUGCAUUUGGAGAAGCACAGCCAGGACGAUAUUGUUCCCACGUACAUCACCGAGACGAACGCCACCAAGGACACGGCAGCUGUGCACAUGGAAAAGUCCGAAGUGUAG